GUGCCAAUGCAACGUCGUAAAUGCUUGCCGAAAUGCUGGGUUGCAGGUUUUGUUGCACUUUGGUGUUUCGGCCAUACGUUUGUAUCUUUGCCAUCGCUUGGCAAAACAGAGGCCAGCAAGCGAGCAGAGACCAAAGUGAUAUCUGACCUUGCUGCUUGGUCUGAAACUUCAUCAGAUUCGCGCCGACUCCGAUCGGGGAUCGAAAGCAUCCUUCGCGAUCAAGAGGCUUUGCGUGAAGAAACUCCAGUUGCAACUGGUGGCACCCUUUUUUCGGUUGUAUCUGCGGCGACUCUUGCACUUGUUGGUCAUACAUCGUGGGUGUCUGCGGCCGCGCUCCCUGCGAUCGCGAGUGCCAUUUUUUCCUACACAUCCGUAGCUGAAAGUUCUGGAACGAAAUCGCUUGGACUUGGCCGGUGUAGUUUCUCACAGGCCCUUGCAGAAUCAGCAGAGCAGGAACGGAAACUUGCACUUGCCGAGAUUCCGAAAGCCCUCCUGCCCUUUGGGGCUGGAUGCACAGCCAUCUUUGCAGCGGCAUGUGUGACGGUGAAAUUAUUUCCAGAAGAUCCUGGAAACUCAGGUGUCUUGGCGGUACUUGGCCGUCUCUUCACUUUGAGUUCAGUAGUGGCUGCAGUAGCAACCAAUGACCAAGCUUCGUUGGUGAUUUCAAAGCUCCGUCCUCAACUGCGCAACCCAUUGCAGGAUGAUGAGAGCGACGAAGUUCAAAACACUGAUGAUGAAGUCGAGGUUGGAGUGCGAUCGCGUCUGAUUUUGGCUUUGUUCAGUAUCUUCGUAGCGUUUCUUCCACUUGCUUUGUUCGAUCCGAAUUCUUCAAUCCUUCUGGCCACAACCGAUGAAGUAGAUGUCAUCGUGUCGGCAAGCGCGGCUGCAGAGGCAGCUCUAAGUUUUCUCCUCGCGGAAAAGACCUUUGCAGAUGCUGAGCGACGAGUGGCGGCACAAUCGCGACAAGCUGCACUUUCUGAGCUCUUCUUUGCUCAGGCUCAGGCGGACUCUGCAAUUCUGGGAGCCAACACUGCCUUGAGUGCCAGCAGCUUGGGGCUUGCAUCGGUUGCUGCUGAGUUCUCCAAGACACUUUCCUCCGGGGCAUUGUGGCCGGCAGU